AUGAGCUCUCCAAGUGUCUCGCCUGACACUCCCCUUGCACCGGCACCGCCAGGCUUCACUACAGACUUCUCAGACGAAGGCUACGCACCGACUCUCCGUGGAUUGAUCAUUGCCCUGCUCGUGCUCAAUACCAUCUUCACCGUUGCCAGGGUAUACACUCGAGCUGGACCGCUUCGAUCUUUCGGAAUCGACGAUGGUGGGUAGCUUGUCGGACGACUUCCGUGCGGGAGACUAACGCUGACCUCCACCAGGCUUCGUUAUCGCAGCAUGGAUCUCGACGACCGUCCACAUGGCCGUCACCUUGGAUGCCCUUGCUCACGGCUUCGGUCAUCACCUCUGGAACAUUCGCGUUUCGGGAUACGCUCAUCUGUACCGGGACUUCUUCGUCCUUGAAGUCUGGUCGACCGUCGUCUACUGUUCCCUGAAGCUUGCUUUCCUCUUUACCUACGAGCGCAUCUUCAGCCCAACGAAAGUCUACCGUUACCUCAUUUGGGGCGGUAUAACCGUCUGCUUCCUCUUCUACUUUGGCAGCUUCUGGUGGCUCAUCUUCAAAUGCUCUCCCAUCGCCGCGUCAUGGGACCCUUUCAUCACAAACUACACCUGCGCAAAGGAGUUCGUUUCAGGAGGCGAGACUGGUGUUUUCAAUGUCAUAUCCGAUGUCUACAUCCUCUUUCUACCGAUCCCUAUGAUCUGGAAUCUGCAAACAAACACCAAACGCAAGCUCCGCCUCCUGGCCGUCUUCUCCGUCGGUCUCUUCACCGCUGUCACCAGUAUUGUCCGACUAGCCGAGACCGUCAUCCAAGCCAAGAAUCCCGACGCAUUCUACGCACUGGGCAAGGUCGAUAUUUGGGCACUGCUCGAGUACUCGAUCGGUCUCAUGGUGGUCUGCUCGCUCGUCUUCACUGCCCUCUGGAACAAAGUCCUCGUUGGGCCAGCCACCAAGAUCUGGAAUAGCCUCUCCUCGGCUGCGAAGUCUGUCCUGACGUUGAGAUCCCAGAAUCACACUUCGCAGAACUCCGCAACCGAAAUGUCUAUGAGUCAAGAGCACUUCUCGGCUGCAAGAGCAGAGUCGGAGAGAACGGCAGGGCAGAAGAAGACAUCCCAUGACAGUUCUAGUUUCGUUACAGACGAGGGAAGAAUGGUAUAA